CUCUAUACUGUCAGUCACCUCAGCAGCACCCGGCCGGAAGCGCUGGGAAGCUGCGGGUCUAACAUUUAAGGUUCAACAUUUUAAACGAAUGCAAUACGGAUCUUUAGUUUUAUUAUUAUUAUAAUAUAUUUAUAUAUCAUCUACCCAAGUGAACCGUCAGGGACUCCUCAAAGUGCAAAAAGAAAAGCGAACACGAACGUCUUGGAGAAGGAACGCAGUGAGGGGUGUGCAGGGGCAUGAAGCCCAUCGGUACUGACAAUCGGGCUGUCUUGUGUAGUUGAAGAAACCGCAGCUGUUUUAAAACACGCAUUUUCAGUUAGUAGAUUGUCAUUUAAUGUGACAGUAGAAUAUCGAUAGCAUGAUUUAGCGGGCGUGAGUCCAGGUGGUUCAAAUUGGUGCAAUACUGUUAGGUUAGUUGUAAGCAUAGAACAUAGCCAGCUGCCUUUGCUGCUGCUGCAAAAAAAAUCUUGUCUGACUGGGCUAGUGAUUUGUCAGUGCAAGCAAGCAUAGCAGGGCUUAAGAAAAAAAAAAAAAAAAACUUUGCUACAGCGGGUUCUGACUGACACUUCAGAUUCAAUACACAUAGCAGUAUCGUUUGGAAGAGAACUGUUAAUAAUAUUGCACAAACGUGUAAGAAAAAUGGCUACGACCAGCAGCAUUUCCUCAUCGAUUGCGAGUAAAACGAAGACGAAGAAGAAACAUUUUGUGGCACAGAAAGUGAAGCUGUUCCGAGCCAGCGACCCUCUGCUGAGUGUGCUAAUGUGGGGAGUUAACCAUUCGAUCAACGAAUUGAGUCACGUUCAGAUCCCAGUUAUGUUGAUGCCAGACGACUUCAAAGCCUAUUCGAAGAUAAAGGUGGAUAAUCACCUUUUCAAUAAAGAAAACAUGCCAAGCCACUUUAAGAUGAAGGAAUAUUGUCCAAUGGUCUUCCGAAAUCUCAGAGAAAGAUUUGCAAUUGAUGAUCAAGACUUCCAGAACUCGCUCACAAGAAGUUCCCUGUUUACAAAUGACUCACAAGGACGCAGUGGCGCACGCUUUCACACCUCGUGCGACAAGAGAUACGUGGUCAAAACUAUCACAAGUGAAGAUGUGGCAGAGAUGCACAAUAUACUGAAGAAAUACCAUCAGUUCAUUGUAGAAUGCCAUGGAAACACGCUUCUGCCACAGUUCCUGGGCAUGUACCGGCUUACAGUGGACGGGGUUGAGACCUACAUGAUUGUAACAAGAAACGUAUUCAGCCAUCGACUGUCUGUUUACCGGAAAUACGAUCUGAAGGGCUCCACAGUUGCUAGAGAAGCUAGUGACAAAGAAAAGGCCAAAGAACUGCCGACCUACAAGGACAACGACUUCAUCAACGACGGUCAAAAGAUUUACAUCGAUGAAAACAACAAAAAGAUGUUACUUGAAAAAUUAAAAAAAGACGUGGAGUUCCUGGCCCAGCUCAAGCUCAUGGACUACAGCCUCCUGGUUGGCAUUCAUGACGUGGAGAGAGCAGAGCAGGAGGAGAUGGACUGCGAGGAGAAUGAGGGUGAGGAGGACGUGGAGAGCGACGGCACCCACCCCAUGGGCACGCCCCCUGAUAGUCCAGGCAACACACUCAACAGCAACAGAGCCCUGCCCCCUGGGGAGUUUGACCCAGCUAUUGACGUUUACGCCAUAAAGAGUCAUGACAACGCUCCAAGAAAGGAAGUGUACUUCAUGGCAAUAAUUGAUAUCCUUACACAUUACGAUGCAAAAAAGAAGGCUGCCCACGCUGCCAAAACUGUCAAACAUGGGGCUGGUGCGGAAAUCUCCACUGUUAACCCGGAGCAGUACUCAAAGCGCUUGUAUGACUUUAUUACCAACAUUCUGACAUAGCCUGUCACCAUGACAAAGGACAGAUGCAGGGAGAGCGGACAGGCGGGAAUGAAUGCAGGGACUUGAUGGAGUGUUCAUCUUCCACUCCAAGCAGCAGCAGCAGCAGCAGCAGCAGCUCUAUACUUGUUUACAGUAUAGGGACCCACUUGGGGAAUUAGCUUUAAACUGCUUCCUGAUACCCACAGUGUACUACUUGCUAUUGCUGAGUUCUUUUUUUUUUUUUUUUUUUUUUUUGCAAAUAAAUAAAAUAAAAGACUGAUCAGCUUUACUCAGAAUCAAUAUCGGUACUUCCAGAGGUCGAGCAGAAGAUGAUGAUUAAGAGGCUGCAUGUUAUUGCUUGACCUGAAGGGUGCAUCGCAGUGCUCGUGCAGCUCAUGCUGCGGAUGUCGUUCUCUUCCUCUGCACGUUGGCACUCUUCAUUACCUUCGUUGCAUACCAUAUUCCUCUUAUUCUUCAAGAGACUAAUGCCAUAACACUGCUUUCUAUUUAAAACUUUGUCCUUGUUUGUUGGGUUUUUUUUGGCUUAUUUGACUCGUGUUUACGGCUUGCUUCUCAAUUCGGUUGUUUUUUUUAAUGGUUAUACUGUUAGAGAUGUGUUCAUAAAACUUACCAAGGACUUUUUUGUUAUGAUCUAAACCAGGGGUUCACAUAUCCGGUCCUGGGGGUUUGGAAUCUUCUGGGCUUUGGAGGUAUCAUUUAAAUAUGUGUUUAACACCUGAAAUGACGUUAAAGUCAUUUAGGGUACAGGUGGAACGAAGACGAGACAGGCUGUGGACCUCGCCGACGGGAAUUGUGUCACCCUGUUUGGAACAGCGGCUGAUCUGAAUGCUGGGUCCUUGAUACACGUGUAGAUGUCAUGUGUGCUUGAUAUUUAGCUUUCUAUAGCACACUGGGGUCUCUUUAAUGAUUUAACAACAGCCACCCUAUAAUGUAUAAAGACGGUCUUUAGGGGACCUUGUUUCACUCCGUUUGCUUUGUCUUUAAUCUUAAGGGGUCGAUCUCGUCCCCGCCCCCCUCCCCCAUGGUGAAACCAGUUAUUAAUACAGUCAGAGGUUGGCCUGUUUAAAUGUCGCUUUAAAGACCAUUCAAAAGGACUCUGCUGACCUUUAUGAAUACAGUCCUUAUUCUUUAUACUGUAACGAUGCGAUGCAUAGUUUUGGGCAUGUCACAAAGACGGCCAGAGUGGGUGGCGUCAGACCAGAGAGGAAUACACAGACAGAGACGGUGGUUGUGAUGAUGAGCCGAGUGCAAUGGCUGCACUCAGCGUUUAAUAACAAAUAAAAGGUUUGAACAAUGGAAUACAAAACAGGACACGGCACUUGACGCCAAAAUAAACAGACAGACAAAACGACUAAACACUAACACACAGGUGAAACGGAGACGAACAAACACGGUGAGAAUACACUUAUUAUAUUUAUAAUUACGCUGACGAUUUUACUCCUUCUCUCUCACCCGUUCUCCACUCUCUGAACACCUAACCCCGACUGAGUGAAAAUGUGCGUCUAUAUAUACUAUUGUGCUGGGAUUCAAUUACUAAUUAAUUAUUCACUUGAAUCCCAGCACGUGAAUUAAUUCUGUGCAACCCCGUGCUCACAUAUUAUAUUUUAAAUGCACGUGCGUGAUGUGCAAUCCCGUGCCUAAAUACAAAUAUACACUUUUUACACACGUGAAACACAGACCCGUUUAUAUCCCGUGUACCAAUCUAUACACCAACAUUAACAUACGCAACAUACAUACAUACACAGAACACACAAAUGCACACAGGGGCGGGGCACUUUGCCACAGGGCAGCAGGAAAGUUUCUUUUCCAAAGCAGGAGCAGGAAUAUGUAGUAUACCCACACAGAAAAAUAAAUCCAUACACAGGAUCUACAUUUUAACAUGUUAUGCAUUCCAUUAAUUAGUUUAGAAAAAAAAAAAAAAGAGUAGUACCAAACAUUUAUUUGUAACACUUUAAAUUGAUUCCUACUAUUAAAAAAAGAAACGUUUUUGGAUAAUAAUUAAAAUAAUGAAGCAUGUAGCAUAUUGAAUAUAUUAAAACAUAAAAUCGGAAGUAUUACAAAAACAAGAAAGUUGCCUAAAACUAUGACUUAUUUCUUUGCUGUCAGGAACUUCAAUAAUUGUAUAGCAUUGCAUUUCAUUUUCUUUCUUUUCUGUAUUCUACGGAAUAUUACUAAACAUGAUACUGUAUA